AUGACGGCACAAUCGCCCGAUCUUAAUUGCGCUCUUUACCUUUGGCGACUGCAGGUCUACAACGACUACAAUGUCAACACGAUGAACGCCCUCUUGACGCUCCUAAAACACACAAAGAGCCCCUCAGAUAGAUACGUACCGUCAUCGUUAAUGGCAGGGGAGCAGAAUGCUGUUGCUGCCACAGAUGUCAAAUUUACAGAUAUGUAUCCACCUUAUGAGGGUCUGGAUCUGAUGCAGGGCCUAAUGGCAAUGGCUAUUGUAGCAACAGAUGUAACUUUGCUCCUAUGGAUUGUUAAGAAUGUUGCAUUCUUUUGGAGGGCCGUCGUUGAUGUGUCUUUCAGUCCAUUGGAUGGACUCUACACUGUGUGUGAAUUAAUGGAGGGAGCACUGGAGGACCUACUGAUCGCCUACGUUACCGAGGUGUGUGGGGACAGUGAGGAAAACGUCUAG